UUAGUCAUUGUUAUUGUCUGCUAUUUCUAGUCUUCUAAUAAAUUUUUCUAUUACUCUCUCUAUCCCCACCUGGACAUCCGCCCUCGCACUAACGAACCCGGUUAGUGCGUGACAUGAGAAAUUUCUGACCCAUAGAAUGCCAGCAUAGUGCCGCACACAUUAAGAAUGGUAACAAAGGCUCAACCACUCGAAUAUGUGGAUUCGCAAGGGACAAUCUUCGAAGGAAUACUCUAUUUACCAUAUAACGUCAGCAAAAAAAGUUCCAAUCAUGACCAUCCCGUUGUACUGGUCUUACAUGCUUUUGGAGGACGAGGAGAGUUUGAAUGCGAGAGAGCGGGAGAAUUGGCAGAGGAAGGGUUUGUUGCGCUCGCUGCUGACGUUUAUGGCAAAGGUGUACGAGGAUCCAGUUUUGAAGAAAACUUUGCGCUCAUGAAACCUUUAAUAGAGGACAGGCAAGGAUUGUUGAAGAGCCGCCUUUUGGCUGCAGUCGAAGCAGUGCGAAAAGUCCCUCAAGUCAAUCCAUAUAAGGUGGGCGCGAUUGGGUACUGCUUCGGAGGAUUGUGUGCUCUAGAUCUAGCUCGGCACAGUGUCGGCUUGAAAGCUGUUGUAUCUUUUCAUGGCACUCUUAGUCCGCUCCCAGACACUGAACUGACUCCCAUAUCAACUUCCGUCCAGGUUCAUCACGGUGACGCCGAUAUACAUAUAAAAACUCCGAUCCUCGAGUUUAUGGAAGAGAUGAGGCAAAGAGAGGCGGAUUGGUCAUUUACGUCUUAUGGAAAAGCAGAGCAUGGAUUCACAGAACCACAUAUUGGUGAACUAGGUCACAAGGGUGUCUCAUACAACAAGGAGGCAGACGUUAGAUCAUGGGCUGCUGCUAUCGCUUUCCUCAAAGAACGACUGAUGUGA